AUGUCAGACACCAACGCACCGCUCUCAGCAGCAGAGCUGCAUGCUCUUUUUGAUAUAUUGACCCACUACGAAACCUAUAGCGAGUUCGUUGACCUAAGGUAUCCUGACACGCCAGCCAACAUUGGCUAUCCUUUUGCCAAAAAAGCCAAGGAUGGCAGCCUGGUCCACGUAACCAAACCAGCCGCGCCCAUCAUCCAACAGCUACUCUCCACAUUUGUCACCGAAAUAUUCGCAUUGCGGUCCCUACCCAAAUCCUUCUGGAGCGUACAGGUGCAAGGCCUCUUUGAGAAUUUGGCCGAGGCCAACCUGUCUGAAAGUUAUGAUAAGGGCGCUCUCGGUACCCGCAAAACACUAUGCACGGUGUUUUCGUCUAUACUGGAGCUUGUUGCUCGGGGUCAGCUUGGUGGCGUUCAAAGACAGAUUGAGAACACCAGAAGCCUGAAGUCAAACUCCUACAACUUGGACAGUGCGCAGAGUCUCAUCAAGGCCUGGAACGACGUGGUGCAGGAUCUUGUGUACGGCAACCUGAUCGACGAACUAUUCGAUCAUGCAAAAAACGUUGGUGGCAACCUCGAGGAGCAUUCACCUGCCGCCGAGGCUGCAGUGCACUAUAUCGUCUUGCACUUGGCGACCGUCUUGCACCAGGUGUUUGUUGUGUCGUCUGAGGGACCGUACAUACUCAAGCUUCUCGAUAACAUGAACAAGAUGCUUCCCUGGAUGAUGAUCAAACAAACACUCCGGAUAGGGAAUGCCGCGACCAUGUUGAAUGGGCUUACCAAGUUGCUCUUGUCCAAACUGAGCAUUGGAUCUGUGUCCAACUGGAUCGGUGUGACAACAGACGCUGAUGAUGGGAUGAAUUUGAUGCAGAGAAUCAUUUCAAUGACACUAUCAUGGGACUGCUCCGACUUCAGAAAGACAGUCGAUCAGGUCAAGAAGUCAAAGAAUGGCCCGACAAAGGAGCAACUUGCCGCGAUCGAUGAACACAUCAGCCUUUCGCGAGACGAGCAGGAUAGAGUGCGUGGAACGAGCAUAUCUGAAGGGAAAUCCAUAAUCAUCGCCAUCCUCAAAUCCCAACACCAGAGCUGCUCCAUAUCAGAUGCUGAGCACACUGCCUUGUUGGACUACUACUCGGCUCGCCUCUCGAUUCGCGACCGCGAAGAGAUAUCUCGCGUCAUGUGUCGCUCCAAGCCAGAUCUGAUGACGCAACUCUUCCGAGAUCUAAUGGGCGCCUACGAGCCAAUGAUUCGGGAAGUCCACUCCAAAGUGCCGCUGCAUGAAACCAUCGGCGACUCGGAGGCUUUCCUAGGCGAGCUGAUAGAGACAGCCAAGGGCACCAAGUCCCAGGUGGCCACCAUCACAGACUUUGUAGAUCUUUUGAUGCGGAAUCGCUCAAGACUUUACAGAUGGCUGCACAUUAUAGGCAAGGAGUGUCCCGGUCCAGCUGAAGAAUUCCGGACAUGGGCCCACGAGUCGAUCCGGGAGUUCAGGAGGAAGUCCGCUUUCCCGAGGUCCCAUUCAGCCCAGGGAUACACCUACGGCGACAUAAACGGCGGGUAUGGUCCGGAAUCAUACUGCAAAGGUGCAGCGGGCGACAUGUCUGCGGCUCUAUCCGCCAUGUUUGCCGCCCUUCCACGUGAGACCAGGGCCGAUGUCAGGAAUCAAAUCGAUGCACAUGCGGCAUACCUCGAGAUGAUUCACGGUCGCUCGGCCGUUCACAUGCAGAAUAUCUUGGAUUGCAUGAGUGCCAGAAGGUCGAGCUCUAGCCUCAACGCGCUGGAGGUCACUGGCAAGCUUCGAAACAAGAUCUCUUCAAAGACCUCCAGUGGAGCUGCAAGCCCUGCUCCGGUUAGACUAGGAAGUCCCGAGAACGGUGCAGAAGCGUGGGAGGCUUCGGGGCCGGGUGUGUUCCUAGUCCGAUGGAACGACCUGUUGGAUGAGACAUUGGUCACGCCUGCGACGCCGUUCGGACCACCGCGAGUGGGCAAGGAUGUCAAGUGGAAAACAUCAAUGGGCAAGUCAGGCACGGGCGCCAAGGCCAAGGAUAAGAAGCUACCAAAAGGCAUCGUGGAGGAAUUCGAGGGUCUCAGUUUUGACGGCGGCGCCGUCUCGGAAAUCGAGGCACCAGAGGUUGGAGCAGUUUUGAACGCUAUGGGAAAGGAAUUCUGGCAGCUACUAUCAAGCAGACACCAUGAAGCUCAAAGUAAGGCUGCGCCGAUGACCAACUUCAUCUGAAGGCAGCCAUGGGACCUUUUUUGGGGGGGUUCGUAUUAUGAGGCUGGUCUUUAUACAUGCGACAGUUGGAGGGGAAUCUUCUUUCUUUCUUUGUAUCUUUUGCCUUUUGCAGGGUUCAAUGCAGUGGCGCCAAAAUCAUUUGCACCGAGAUAGGUUUUUUACUGAAUAAAUAUGGGACAUGACAGUGA